UGCUGGUGAAGAAUUAAGAUACAUUAACCCUCUCUCCAAUGGGCUCAAGAUUGCCGUACUCGUUGUUCUGCAUCCUGCACUUAUUCUUUUGCGUCCUAUGUUUGGCAAACUCUGUCGCAGCAGCAGCUGGAAAUGAGACGGAUCGACUAGCUCUUCUUCAUUUCAAAGCCAAAAUAACUAACGAUCCUUUUGGGGUUUUGCAUCAAUGGAAUUCUAGCGCUCACUUCUGCCAGUGGCAUAGCGUUACUUGCGGUCGUCGGCAUCUGCGGGUUGUUAAGUUAGAGCUAUUUACCUUGAAACUUGAGGGUUCUAUAUCACCCCAUAUAGGAAAUUUGAGCUUUCUAAGGGUGUUAGAUCUCCAGAAUAAUAGCCUCAGCAAAGAAAUACCUUCAGAAAUUGGCCAUCUACGCAGAUUAGAAAAUUUGAUAUUGUACAAUAACUUCAUUGUUGGCAAAAUACCUUCCAAUAUAUCUGCAUGUUCUAAUCUCAUUUCAUUCAAUAUAGGUCUCAACCAGGUAGUCGGAGAAAUCCCGAGUGCGCUUGGCUCUUUGUUGAAGCUCCAAGUCUUCGCAGUCAAUCGUAACAAUCUAACAGGAACAAUCCCCUCAAAUUUUGGGAACUUGUCAUCUCUGGAGAGAUUUCAUCUAAACAGAAAUAAUAUAGGUGGUACUAUUCCCUAUACCCUUGGUGGACUGAAAAACCUCAGGUACUUUCUUCUAGCUGUUAAUAGCUUUUCUGGAGAAAUCCCAUCCUCACUCUUUAAUUUUUCUUCCGUUAUGAUUUUUGACGUGGGAUCAAAUGAAAUUCAAGGGCAUCUUCCAUCAAAUAUAGGCAUCACUCUUCCUAACGUUGAAGUCCUUACCUUUGCUUUCAACCAAUUUAGUGGUUCCAUUCCAAUCUCAAUAUCUAAUGCCACCAAACUAGAAUAUCUUCAAUUUCCAGGAAAUAACUUUACAGGAGAAGUGCCCUCCUUGGAAAAAUUGCAUAGACUUCAGAUUUUCCACCUCGGCGGCAAUAGCCUAGGAAGUGCAGGUACCAGCGACUUGAGGUUCUUGUGCUCUUUGAUAAAUGCCACCAAUUUGAAAUUCUUAAAUAUGCAAGCUAAUAACUUUGGAGGCAUUUUACCUGGGUGCAUAGCCAACUUGUCAACUAAUCUUGAAUCAUUGGCAGUAGAAAGCAACAUGAUAUUUGGAAGCAUACCUGCUGGGAUAGGUAAUUUUGUUAACCUGAAAACUCUUUCAGUAGCAGAUAACAGAAUCUCAGGUAAUCUCCCCGCUGUUAUUGGAAAGCUCCAAAAGCUGGAGAUACUUUUUCUGAGUGAAAACAAAUUAUCUGGGGAAAUUCCUCAUUCUCUAGGUAAUUUAACACUGUUGACAAAAUUAACAUUGUAUCAGAAUAAUUUUCAAGGCAUUAUCCCAUCAAGUUUGGGUGAAUGCCGAAAUCUGAUAUUGCUUGAUCUUUCAAGCAAUAAUCUUACUGGCAGUAUUCCUCCACAAGUAUUUGGGCUCUCUUCCUUGUCAAUCUAUCUUGCUCUGUCUCAAAAUAGUUUGAUGGGUGCUCUUCCAUUUGGGGUUGGGAAUUUGAAAAAUCUUGGUGAGUUGCGUGUUGAUCAGAAUUUGCUAUCAGGGGAAAUUCCAAGCAGCCUUGGCAGUUGUGCCAGAUUGGAAACAUUAAACAUGCAAGGCAAUUUCUUCCAGGGGUCCAUUCCUUCAUCUCUAAGUGCACUGAGGGGUCUUCAAGUUUUUGAUCUUUCUCACAAUAAUUUAUCCGGUCAAAUUCCUACGUUCUUGGGUAGCUUUGUUUAUCUGCUCAAUUUAAACUUAUCUUUCAAUAAUUUUGAGGGCAUUGUGCCGAUUGAAGGAGUUUUCAGAAAUGCAAGUGCUACUUCAGUAAUGGGAAAUAUAAAUCUCUGUGGAGGAAUACCCGAGUUCCAUUUGGUUGCUUGCCGCUUGAAAACUUCUACCGAUAGAAGAUUAAGUGCGAAAGCAAGGCUAAUAAUUCUUGUUGUAGCAGGGCUUUUGGGAGCAAUUUUGAUGAUGUUUUCGUUUUUUCUUCUAAGAUUAAGAAAGAAAAGUCGGGCACCUGCACUCCCUUCAGUAAAUUCACUUACAAGAGUGUCUUACCAAAUUCUUCUUGAUGCCACCAAUGGCUUCUCCUCUUUGAAUUUGAUCAGUGUUGGUGGAUUUGGAUCUGUAUAUAAAGGACUUCUUGGUGAAGGUGGACCACCCAUUGCUGUUAAGGUGCUCAACCUUCAGCAUCACAAAGCAGCUAGAAGCUUCAUUGCAGAAUGUGAAGUGUUGAAAAAUAUCAGACAUCGAAAUCUUGUGAAGGUGAUAUCAGCUUGUUCAAGUAUUGAUUACCAAGGCAACGAUUUCAAGGCUCUAGUUUAUGAGUUCAUGGUUAAUGGAAGCCUUGAGGAUUGGUUACAUCCAGUCGUGGUAGUUGAUGGAAAUCAUCAUGAGGCACGAAAGAGUUUAAAUCUUCUUCAAAGACUAAAUAUUGCCAUUGAUAUUGCUUUUGCACUUGAAUAUCUGCAUCAUCACUGUGAAACUACAAUAGUUCAUUGUGAUCUGAAGCCAAGUAAUGUUCUUCUGGAUGAUGAACUGACCGGUCAUGUCAGUGACUUUGGACUUGCAAAAUUACUUCUAAAGGAUUUCAAUGGUUCGACCACUUAUUCAAGUUCUAUUGGAUUAAGAGGUACCAUUGGGUAUGCUCCUCCAGAAUAUGGACAAGGAGGUGAGGCGUCAGCAUAUGGUGAUAUCUAUAGUUAUGGCAUUUUGUUGUUGGAGAUGUUCACAGGGAAGAGGCCCACUAAUGACAUGUUCAAAGAGGAUCUGAACCUUCACAAAUUAGCUAAGUCAGCAUUGCCAGAUGGAGUGGCUGAGAUUUUAGACCCAAUAAUCCUAGAAAGAGGUGAAAUAGAAAGAAGCAUAAAUAAUACUCGUGAUCCAAUGGGCAUAAGAACAAACAGAAUUAUGGAAUGUUUGAUUUCAAUCGUUGGCAUUGGAGUGGCUUGUUCUGUUGAAUUGCCACUGGAACGGAUGAACAUCAGUGAUGUAGCCCCAAAGCUAUGUUCUAUCAGAAACAAGCUUCUUAGAAACUGAGUCACAGAGGGGUAAACGCUUAAUGGCUUGUCCUGAGGCUGCUAUUUGGUCAUCAACCUACACAGAUUUCAGUUUGUCCUAUCUAAUUGCAUUUGUACAAUAAAAGUGUGGUAGAAUCUUCUGUUCUCAAGCUAUGUUAUGCCUUGAAAAUUGAUAUAAGUGCCGUAUUUUGCUAAUUACGGAUAUAUACUAUCAUACACUGCCAAGACUCUUUCUGUAAAAUUUAGGCUUUGAAAUUUUAUUUUCUGAUAAAUAACAUUAGUCGGCGUAAACAUCAAUUGCUCAAAUUCACUUGUGUGUA